AUGAAAUUACAGAGUCCGUUGACUUUAACACCCGCAUCCAAACUCUACGUAAAAACGGUUGCAUUAUUCUGGACGUACGAAAAUAUUCGGAAGGACGACAAUAAUUAUUUUUCCGUCGACAAGAAAAAAGUGAUGUUGAACAGCGGAUACUGGACGUUUAAACAAUUACGUCAAAAAUUAGAAAGUCACGGUCUCGUCGUCGAAGAUUUUCCAGACGGACGGAUAAAGAUCGGACUUGGAAAAAGUGUCAAAUCUUUUAAUCCGUGGAAAUUAGGUCGUCUGUUAGGAUAUACGACAUUUUCAGAAUUACAUCCGAGUCAACAUCCCGUCGAUAUUCACCAAGGAUUACGUUACGUUACGAUCGGUUGUAAUUUAGCGAACCGAUCGCAAAAUAUAAAUCCCGACGGUAAUCCGAGUAGUAUCAUAUCGUCUCUUCCCAUCGACGCAACGAAACCCUUAUUCGGCACGACGACAAAAUACAACGACAUCGAAAGCGAAGUACAAGCCGAUGCGGGGAUUUACGACGAACUUCAUUUCGAUGUUGGAUCCAACGUCGAUGGAAUUAGGCCGUGCAAUGCAUUAAUAGAUCUGUAUAUCAUCUAAGAAAUAAAAGAUGGAAAAGGAAGAACAAGUUUUACGUGACUAUUACGGAAAGAAUUACGAAAAGGUUCGGAAAGCUUAUCCUCUAGAAAUUCAGAAACUUAAAACUAAUUUUCUUAAAAAAUACCCGGAUGCAACAUUAUCCAAGUUUGAAUUUAACGUGACGUUUGUAAAAGAUGGAACGUUAAGUUCGACCGGAAUUUUUUACAAGGUGGACGAAUUCACCAGUUACGAUAUUACAUCCGAAACAUUCUUGCAUAAUUCGGAUUGGACUAAAUAGUUAUAUUGGAAAGAUGGAUGGCGAAAUGUUAAAUCCGAUAUGAUAUUCCGUCCGAAUUUAGACUUUGCCGUAAAUUUUCACACGUUUCCUAUUUACGUCUCGGAAACAGAUCCUUUUCCGUGGAUUUAGAAUAUACGAAACCCGAGUACGCGGGAACGGGAAAUUUUGUAAAUUUAAUUCCGUUCGACUAUCAUCAGAAUUCUUAUUUCAGAUCGUUGGCAGCUUGUUACAUCGCGACCUUUAAAUCUGGAAUAUCCGAAAAUCAUCUGAAUAAUACUUUGUCCGAUUCGCAUCUGAUCACAUCCGUCGUCAAAUUUCACGUUCAUUAUCAGAUGGAAAAAUUUAUGAAAGAUCCAAAAUUAAUAGAUCAUUAUUUAAACGAAGACGAUCUUCACGUUUUAGGAAAGAACCACGACCGAAACGUGGAAACGUCGAACAUUAUCUUCGCAUGCAAACAUCGGAACGUGGUAUUACAGAUUAGCCGCCGAUACGCGUCGUAAAAUUCGGAACCGGCAUUACGUUCGAACUCCGCACGGUGGAACAUUCAUCGAGUACGAAUAUUUGACAAAAAGACUUCCGAAAAAUGUGACGGAAGAUUAUAAAAUAUUCAUUCCGAAAACGUCGCACGGAUUAACAAGAAUUGGACAACGGUUAUUUCAACAGAGUCUGGAAGUUUACGUGUACGCUGUAUUAGGAUCACAAGCAAAAACCCGGUGGAGUAUUACGGGACAAGGUGCAAAAAGUUUACAGACCCAGGAUGUGUUUCGAAAAGUUUUGAAGGAUAGUAUUCUUGUAAACGAAAUUACGACGAUCAUUCGAAACAUGCGUACAUCGAUCGCAGAUACGAACGUCGUGUUAAAUUUUGCGAUCAUGCCAGGUCUGAUUCUCAUUCCGUCCGACAUGCGGAUUUUACAAAAACCCUUGAAAGGUUACAGUAAUAUUUUAACGCUGGCAAAAAGUGGCAUGAGUUUUGGAAAAAAUGACGAGGUGAAUUUUACAAAGACUCCAACAAGUCCUGCGACAAGUCCCGUGGAAAAACCAACAAGUCCCGCGAAACAUCCCGUGACAAAUCCCGCGAAACAUCCCGUGACAAAUCCCACGGAAACUUCAACAAGUCCCACGAAAACUUCAACAACAAAAAAAUUCAUCCGCUUUGAAAAUUCUAGCCGUUGCAUCGACGGGAGUUGCUUAUUUUCUAUUGAAAUAAAUGAGUAUAUUAAUGGGACACGACUACUUUGA